AUGUUUUUAUUGAAGAAUAUCAGUCAAUCGCAAAAUGUAUCUGCCGGAAUACAAAUAAAAACUCUUGUUCAACAAAUGACCUGUCAAAGAUUUUUAGCGACCGCUCUGGCGACCAAUAAAACACCUAGAUAUGAUAAAUUGUAUAAGAAAGUUCAGGUUGAAGUACGAGGGAAUGAACCGGCAGUGUUGACGAGCUACGGGACAUUUGUCAGCGCUGCAGCUUCACAUCUGGGAAUUGAAAUGACCAGAAAUACACAGCCGAAAAAAGCAAUCCAUGAACGUUACACUGUUUUAAAAUCAGCAUUUGUUCACAAAAAACAUCGAGUACAGUAUGAAUUCAGAACGUAUUAUCGGUAUAUGGAUUUUGCCAAGCUCACAGAAUCAACCGCUGAUACAUUUUUAGAAUAUAUACAAAGAAAUUUACCCGAAGGAGUUGCUAUGAAAGUCACCAAGACCGAAAUUAAACCACUUUUUGAGUCAGUUCGUGAACCUUUAACUCAAGACACAACGCCCAGCUCACAGUCUACUGAAGUAACGGAAAAACAGUCGUUUUAUUGUUAUAAUUUCACUUUUUAUCUUGGUGCGUCGUUGCUCAGCCCGUUGAAAUACUUCAGGAAAUCCAUUUUUUUUCCUAAACAACAAAGGCUCUGAUUUUCUUUGUCUCAUAAUAUUAACAGUCUUGACUGGGCUGUCUGUUGUAAUUUUUCCUCGUAAGCGAUUUUUACGAUCUCUCUCAACCCGAGAAUUGUAAUUCAAUUGCUGCCUACUGUUCAUUAUUAAAUUGACAUUUGGACUAUUAUCUGUUGUAAUGCUUUUUCCUGUAUUUUCAAGAGUAUCAACACGUGGUACUGUUUUCCGAUGAUUUCUUAUCAACUUAACGGUUGAUACGCAGCUACGGAGAACAUAGUCAUUACCUACAGC